GACAGCUCGGGAAGACCGUUUAGCCGGUUGACUUGGCUGUAAAGACAGCAUCAGCGAGCUAUGGAGACGCUGGCGUGAGGAAAAAAACAACUUUUGCACCCAUGGAGAGGCCUUGAUCUAAUACCGUUUCUACGAGACAGCCACAGGAUAAUAAAUCAUCGUAGCUUUAAGCCUUCCCUGAGUCUCAGUAGGCAGAGAUGGAGAGUUCAGGAGAUGCUAAACCCACACUCAAGCCAUCUGAGUCGGGAAGGGAUCCAGGGACUUACUGCUGCCCGUCCUGCGAUGGAAAAGACUCAUCUCGACAUGGAAGGGUCUUCAGAAAUGGACCAAAAGCCCGCAGCAUGUCCACAUCUGCUGUUCCCAGCUGUGCAGAGUUCAGGAGGACCCAGUCUCUGCAUGGACCGAGUCCUGUCACCACGUUUGGGCCCAAGGCCUGCAUGCUGAAAAACCCCAAAGCAGUCAUGCAUAUCCAGGAUCCUGCCAGUCAGAGGCUGACCUGGAAUAAACCUCCCAAAAGUGUCCUUGUGAUUAAGAAGAUCCGGGAUGUUAGUCUCCUGCAGCCCUUUAAAGAGCUCUGUAUUUUCCUCAUAGAGCAAAAAAACAUGAUCGUUUACGUAGAGAGGAAAGUCCUGGAGGAUCCAGCUAUCGCCAACGAUGAGAGCUUUGUUGCAGUGAGAAAGAACUUCUGCACGUUUAGAGAAGAUUACGAUGACAUCUCCAAGCGCGUGGACUUUAUCAUCUGUCUCGGGGGAGAUGGCACGUUACUGUACGCUUCCUCUCUUUUUCAGGAGAGUGUUCCACCUGUCAUGGCCUUUCACCUUGGCUCGCUCGGUUUUCUUACGCCUUUCAACUUUGACACCUACCAGUCUCAGGUCACACAGGUCAUUGAAGGCAACGCAGCCAUUAUCCUGCGCAGUCGUCUAAAGGUGAGAGUGGUGAAAGAGGGCAGAGAGAAGAAAGGAUCGCUGCAGGGGAGGAGCGAGGAGAAAAGCAUGAUCAUAUCUAACGGCGAUGUCGAACCUGCCCGCAAAACUAUGCAAUACCAAGUGCUGAAUGAGGUAGUGGUGGACAGAGGUCCUUCAUCGUACCUCUCGAAUGUCGACCUCUUCCUGGAUGGACACCUGAUCACCACUGUCCAAGGCGAUGGUGUGAUAGUGUCCACUCCGACAGGCAGUACAGCGUAUGCCGUGGCAGCAGGAGCCUCCAUGAUCCACCCAAAUGUUCCCGCCAUAAUGAUCACGCCCAUCUGCCCCCACUCCCUCUCCUUCAGACCCAUCGUGGUGCCAGCCGGCGUAGAGCUCAAGAUCAUGCUUUCCCGUGAGGCCAGAAACACGGCGUGGGUUUCUCUGGAUGGGAGAAAACGUCAGGAGAUUGGUCAUGGAGACAGCAUUACCAUCACCACUUCCUGCUUCCCUGUGCCCUCUAUCUGUUUCCGCGACCCCGUGAACGACUGGUUCGAGAGCCUGGCUCAGUGUUUACACUGGAACGUGCGAAAGAAACAGAGCCAUCUCAGCUCCGAGGAGGAUGAGGACUGACCCCCCUCCGCCCUCGGGCACAGACCUGAAUCUGGGGGGGGGGGGGGGGGCUGUAGCUUUUGGAUCUCUAAGCACUUUACAGAGCUUUGGCUUGUUUCCUCUCUGGGCUGUCCGGGACCAGGAUCUGGCCUGUCUACAUGAAGGACUGGACACUUAGUGAAGAGUCAGUGCUACUGGACACAGGCCCCUAUGCCAGUGCCCUUUAUAUACUGGACACAAGCCCCCGUGCCAGUGCCCUCUAUAUACUGGACACAGGCCCCGUGCCUGUGCCCUCUAUAUACUGGUCACAGGCCCCCGUGCUAGUGCUCUUCACAUCUGGAGGAGGUCUGACUUUGUCAAGCCUCAGAAAAGACACAGGGUUUCUAAUAUACACAUACUGUUGCAGGAGAGCACGACCAAUCACAAUGAAGCGUCAGGUAACAUCAAAUUUACGCAGGAAAAGAAACUAGGAGCAUCUCAGCAAUAAAGUCAAGUACCAGUCAAUUGUGCCUUACAUCACCUGGAGUGUUACAAAGACUUUUUAGUCCACAUCUGAGACGCGUCGAGACAGUGGGCGCACGUGUUCCGUAGACUUCAAUACAGAGUCGUUUCUCUGUGCAGGUUAAUGCACAAGCCAUUUUAAUAAGCCAUCCGAAAAGCUUGAAUGCACCUAAAAUGAUUUUUUUUUCUUUGUCUAAUCAUGAAAACUACUGUGUUCUGUAAUGUGGUGUCUUACAAACAAAAAUCAAACAAAUCCAGUUCAGAACAAUUGAUACAAAUGAAUUACAGCUCAUCCAUUCCAGGUCUCAACAAGACUUUCUGUGUGUGUGUGUGUGUGUGUUUUACAGUGCAGCCACUUUUGAACUGAAUUUUCCUUUACGAAAGCAAAAUAUUAGAGGUGAAUAUUUUGUUGUUGUUUGAUGUCCAUGAGAAGGCGAGUAGCAUGGAAAGCUCUAAGGCAUUCCUUUACAUGUAGCUGUUUCUCAGCUUUUAAACAUGAGAAGUGUAGAAUGUUUAACGGUGAGAUUUCCUUAAGAGUAACCAUUACGUUGAGAAGUGCCCUUCUGCCCACUGAAGCAGCUCUGUCACAGAGUCAGAGCAGAAUCCAUGUGUCCAUGAAAAACAUGGCCCGUCAUCACUACACACUAUUGCUCCACUGUCCUCUGAGUGCGCACACUGAGUCUGUCUGUGUCACACACAGGUUUUCUGGACUCAGGUAUUGUAAGUAUGUAUAUGCCUCUGAUCUGGACAAUGUUGGGGCCUGAAACAGGAGUGUUUUUAGAUCAUCCACUGUUUUCUGAACAGUUUAAUAAGAAUAAUAAGAAUCUCCCUCUCUCUCUUUUUUUAAAUGAGGUAAUUCAGAGAGUGGUCUGAUUUCUCUGUAAUGAUGUAUAACUAUGAGAUAAUGAUUGUAUGUUUGGUGGAAGAGUGUGCCGCAUGAAACGUGAGUCACAAGUAUGAAGCUGCUUGGCUGAUUUCAGUCUGAUCAUUCUCAGCAUCCCGUACCUCCAAAGAGUGGUGUCAUACCGUCGCCCCAGUCCAGAUGACAGGGCUGUCUGCCAGCAUACCACACUCCAAAUGACAGUUAACACACUUCUACACUUGCAUUCCUUUUCUUCUGGAUUAAUAAUGCGUGGAUCAGACUAGGUAUUCUGGAUGUAGCCUUUCUGUCCCUUAACUGGUUUACAUGGCUCUGUAUGGUUUUUGUUUCCUUUUUUGUUUGUUUAUUUGUUUUCUUCAGAAAAAACUCAUCAGUCUGUUUAGGUACUUUUGUAUAUUAAAAAUGUACACAAACUGUUCUGAAACAACUGCACAGAGAGCCGGCGUUACAGUCUGUUGUCUGUGGAAAAGAUGGGUUGUUUGUUUCGACCUUCAAAAAAGAGAUCCAGAGCACUUUGUCAUACUCUGAAACGACUUUUAUUUUACUUUUCUUUUUCUUUUUUUCUUUCUUUCUUUUUUUUUUUAGUUCAGAAGAGUGAAAACCCCAGUUUGUUAUUGAGCAGUGUGUGGUUAGGAGUGUUAAGUGCAGAGACUUAAGGAAUAUGGCCAAACCAGACACACACAGAACAUCUGGCUGUUUCAUCAUGUGCCUGUUCUUAUCAGCACUGAAAAAACUGGCGUGAUUCUCACAGACUCCAUAAAAGGAGAGGACGAUGAACAUCCUGCCGUUCUUGGCCUUCUCUCUUUAUUACGUGUACUAACACACAAGUCUUAUGAACUUUAACUAGGUUUAACCAGAGUGGAGGGCAAAAGACUUCCACUGACUAAAAUAUAUAUAUCAACCUCAAGUAUAAUCUCGUGUUACGAGUCAGUUGAAGCUCUGUAGAACUGAGCUGAAAAAUUCACUGAAAUCUGCUUUUUAAAAAUGAUUAUUAUGAGGUUGUUGCAGAUUUCUCUCUUUGAUGUUGAAUCACUCAGAAUAAAUGCUCCUGGCCUCGUGCCUUACUGACUCACUGAUGGUCAGCGUGGGAGUCCUUCAGGUGGCAGUUUGUAAAGGUUUUUGAUGCUCUCUCUGUCCUUGUUUCUGAGUCUUUGAGAUGUAAAGUGUUUAAAACUGCAUCUCUGCAGUGCUAAAGAUCAUGUUUCAUUUUUUUGUUUUUGUUUUUUUUUUUUUCAAAUACAUCUUUCUAUUGAACCAUAUUCAUUAACUCAUUAGAUCUACUUUUGUAUUUGAACUUUGAGGAUUCAGUCUAUCUUGAAAACAGCCUCUGUUUCUUCAGCACUUUAAUAAAUAAAUUGAAACCUG